AUGGACGUGGAAAUAAAGGGGGAAGACAUCAAUAUAGAGGAAGACAUAAACAUACAGGUAGACAUCACCAUACAGGAAUAUAUCACCAUACAGGAAGAAAUCAAUAUACAGGGAGACUUCAACAUACACGAAGACAUCACCAAACAGGGAGACAUCAACAUACAGGAAGACAUUAACAUACAGGGAGACAUCAAUAUACAGGGAGACAUCAACAUACAGGGAGACAUCACCAUACAGGAAUAUAUCACCAUACAGGAAGAAAUCAACAUACAGGGAGACUUCAACAUACACGAAGACAUCACCAAACAGGGAGACAUCAACAUACAGGAAGACAUUAACAUACAGGGAGACAUCAAUAUACAGGGAGACAUCAACAUACAGGUAGACAUUAAUAUACAGGAAGAUAUCAACAUACAGGGAGACAUCAACAUACAGGGAGACAUCAAUAUACACGAAGACAUCACCAAACAGGGAGACAUCAACAUACAGGAAGACAUUAACAUACAGGGAGACAUCAAUAUACAGGGAGACAUCAACAUACAGGAAGACAUCAACAUACAGGGAGACAUUAAUAUACAGGAAGACAUUAACAUACAGGUAGACAUCAACAUACAGGGAGACAUCAAUAUACACGAAGACAUCACCAAACAGGGAGACAUCAAUAUACACGAAGACAUCACCAAACAGGGAGACAUCAACAUACAGGAAGACAUUAACAUACAGGGAGACAUCAAUAUACAGGGAGACAUCAAUAUACAGGGAGACAUCAACAUACAGGAAGACAUCAACAUACAGAGAGACAUUAAUAUACAGGGAGACAUCAACAUACAGGGAGACAUCAAUAUACAGGAAGACAUCAACAUACAGGAAGACAUCAACAUACAGGAUAACAUCAAUAUACAGGAAGACAUCAACAUACAGGAAGACAUCAAUAUACAGGGAGACAUCAACAUACAGGAAGACAUUAACGUACAGGGAGACAUCAACAUACAGAAAGACAUCAACAUACAGGACGACAUCAAUAUACAGGGAGACAUCAACAUACAGGGAGACAUUUACAUACAGGAAGACAUCAACAUACAGGAAGACAUCAACAUACAGGGAGACAUUAAUAUACAGGGAGACAUUUACAUACAGGAAGACAUCAACAUACAGGAAGACAUCAACAUACAGGUAGACAUUAACACACAGGGAGACAUCAACAUACAGAAAGACAUCAACAUACAGGGAGACAUCAAUAUACAAGAAGACAUCAACAUACAGGUAGACAUUAACAUGCAGAAAGACAUCAAUAUACAGGGAGACAUCAAUAUACAGGGAGACAUCAACAUACAGGAAGACAUCAACAUACAGGGAGACAUCAAUAUACAGGGAGACAUCAACAUACAGGUAGACAUUAACACACAGGGAGACAUCAACAUACAGGAAGACAUCAACAUACAGGAAGACAUCAAUAUACAGGGAGACAUCAACAUACAGGAAGACAUCAACAUACAGGAAGACAUCAAUAUACAGGGAGACAUCAACAUACAGGUAGGCAUCAACAUACAGGUAGACAUCAAAAUACAGGAAGACAUCAACAUACAGGAAGACAUUAAUAUACAAGAAGACAUUAACAUACAGGUAGACAUUAAUAUACAAGAAGACAUCAACAUACAGGAAGACAUCAACAUACAGGAAGACUUAGACAUCAAUAUACAGGAAGACAUCAACAUACAGGAAGACAUUAAUAUACAGGAAGAUUUUAACAUACAGGGAGACAUCAACAUACAGGAAGACAUUAACAUACAGAAAGACAUUUACAUACAGGAAGACAUUAACGUACAGGAAGACAUCAACAUACAGGGAUACAUCAACAUACAGAAAGAAAUCAACAUACAGGAAGACAUCAACAUACAGAAAGAAAUCAACAUACAGGAAGACAUCCACAUAGAGGGAGACAUCAACAUACAGGGAGACAUCAACAUACAGGAAGAAAUCAACAUACAGAAAGACAUUAAUAUACAGGGAGACAUCAACAUACAGGAAGAAAUCAACAUACAGGGGGACGUCAAUAUACAGGGAGACAUCAACAUACAGGAAGACAUCAAUGUACAGGGAGACAUAAACAUACAGGAAGACAUCAACACACAGGUAGACAUCAACAUACAGGGAGACAUCAACAUACAGGGAGACAUUAACACACAGGAAGACAUCAACAUACAGGGAGACAUCAACAUACAGGAAGAAAUCAACAUACAGGGAGACAUCAACAUACAGGGAGACAUCAAUAUACAGGAAGACAUUAACACACAGGGAGACAUCAACAUACAGGUAGACAUCAACAUACAGGAAGACAUCAACACACAGGGAGACAUCAACAUACAGGGAGACAUCAAUAUGCAGGUAGACAUCAACAUACAGGAAGACAUUAGUAUACAGGGAUACAUCAACAUACAGGGAGACAUCAACAUACAGAUCUGUCAUGGUCCUGGGCUUGAGUCACGCAAAAUCAACGUUUAA